GGGAACUAUACCACGUGGGUUUCCUUGGGUGCUGUUUUAGUGUUCGUGUGCUCACACAGCUUUGAUUUAUUUCUUUUUUUGUUGGUGUUUGGAAUAGAACACGAAAAUGGCAUCCAAACCGAAACAAGAUGGUGAUGAUCGGUUUAACCGUGUAAUGAAGGACCCAAGGUUUUGGGAGAUGCCAGAAAGGCAGCGCAAAAUUAAGAUUGAUAAGAGGUUUCAAGCAAUGUUUCACGACAAACAAUUUAAGCUCAAGUACACGGUGGACAAAAGAGGCAGACCAAUCAACCACAGCUCCACGGAUGACCUCAAACGGUUUUAUGACCUGUCAGACUCUGAAGAGUCAGACCAUGAAGACAAAAAGCUUAGUAAUAAAAAAAAGAAAAAGAAGGUGAAGUCUAAGGCGAAAGUGGAAACUGAAGAUGUGCGACAUUUGAUAGAACAAAACACAGAGAAGCCCAAAACUAAAGGGAAAAGUAAGAGCAAAAAAGAAAAGGAAGCCACUUGUGGAACAGUAAAAUGCAAACAGUUAGAAAGUGAAUCCCCCAAUCUAGAGGUUUCCAUUGACAAGUUGAACAAGAAAAGUAAAGCCAAAAAUGUUUUACAGUCAACUGAAACAGAGGGUCGCAGUAAUGUUGAACCCGUACAAGAGGGGCAGAAAAUUAUUUUGGCUGAAUUGAAAAAGCAAAAAACUCCAGAAAACAAGAAGCUGACCAAACUUAAAAUGAAAGAUGAUCUUUCUGAUGAAGGUGUGGCUGGAUCAGAGAAUGAGAGUUAUGGCAGCAUUGAUGAGGAAAGUGAGUCUGCAGCAGAGUUGUCAGAAGAUGAUGAGGAUGAGUGGGGACAAGAGGAAGAGGAGGCUGAAUCGGACGAGGACGAUUCUGAUGAGGGAAGUGAUUCUGAAGAGGAGAGUGACAGUGGCCCUGACCUGGCUAGAGGUAAAGGGAACAUUGAGACCAGCUCUGAAGAAGACGAAGAGGACGACUUGACUGAUCUGCUCCGGAAGGAGGAGGAUGUGGAGCAUGACUGGGGAGAGCUGUGGAAGGAUGCCCCCAGAGGUGACACGGUUACACGAAGAUUAGCAGUUUGUAACAUGGACUGGGACAGACUGAAGGCAAAAGACUUGCUGGCUUUAUUGAAUUCUUUUAAACCCAAAGGAGGGGUUGUGCUUUCUGUCAAGAUACAUGCUUCGAAGUUCGGAGAGGAAAGAAUGCAGGCUGAACAGCUUCAGGGACCCUUAGAGCUGGUGGCCCUUCCCGAAGACCCUGAAAAAGACACAGAACAGGAGAGGAUCUAUAGAGAAAAAAUGCGGGAAUACCAGUUGAAGCGUAUGAAGUACUUUUAUGCUGUGGUGGACUGUGACUCUCCAGAAACUGCCAGCAAAAUCUACGAAGAAUGUGACGGCUUUGAAUAUGAAAGCAGCUGCUCCUUCGUAGACCUCAGGUUUAUUCCAGACGACGUUAUGUUUGAUGAGGAGCCAAAAGAUGUUGCUGCAGAUGUUGACUUGGCUUCGUAUACCCCAAAAUAUUUUACCUCAACAGCAAUGGCAACAUCAAAGGUGGAACUGACGUGGGAUGAGACAGAUCACGAACGUGUCACCGCACUGAGCAGAAACUUUAAGAAGGAUGAGAUUCUCGACAUGGAUUUUCAAGCGUAUCUGGCUUCGUCUAGUGAAGAGGAGGUGGAGGAGGAGAAGGAAGACAUUGCGAUUGAGUCGGAGCAAACUGCCACUGUGGACGAUACAGAACAAGGAAAGGCCAGCAGACCGAAGAAAGCCCACAAAGAUGACGAAGAGCAGAUAGCAAAGUACCGGGAGCUUCUGAAGAGCAUCCAGGAGAAAGACAAAAAACAUGAGGACAAGGAUAUGGAGAUGGAAAUCAAAUGGGUGCCAGGUCUUAAAGAGACAGCUGAACAACUGGUUAAGAAGAAACUAGAAGGGAAGGAUAAUCUGACCCCUUGGGAAACCUUUUUAGAAAAGAAGAAGGAGAAGAAAAAGCUUAAAAAGAAAGCAGAUGUGAAAAAGGUCAGAGCUGAAGAUCUCAGUGAUGACGAACUUCCUCCUGAUGUUGAUCUAGAUGACCCUUACUUUGCUGAAGAAUUUGGAAAAGCUGGAAUUGGACAAAAAAAGAAAUCAAAGAAAAAUAAAAAAUCCAAAGAGGAUCAGAGAACUCCAGAGGAAGAAGCUGAAGUAGAAAAGCAAAAGGCGGAAAUGUCUUUACUGAUGAUGGAUGAUGAGGAUGACAAUAAAAAGCAUUUUAACUACGACAAGAUUGUAGAACAGCAAAACCUGAGCAAAAAGAAAAAGAAGAAGCUCUUGAAGCAAGAGGAGCUGCUGGAAGAGGACGAGUUCCAGGUGGAUGUUUCUGACCCCCGAUUCCAAGCCAUGUACACCUCCCACCUGUUUAACCUGGACCCCUCGGAACCUGGGUUCAAGAAGACCAAGGCCACACAGAGGAUUGUGGAAGAGAAGAUGCGGCGGAGGGAGGAGCAGCAGCAGCAAAGCCGUAACGAUGCUAUUCAGAAAAAGGAGAGGCAGCUGGGAGAGGAGAAGGAGCCAGCCAAGAAAACACUGGACCCAGGGCUCUCCAUGCUGAUCAAAUCUAUUAAGAGCAAAACACAGCAGUUCCAGGCGCGGAAAAAGCUAAAAACAAAAUGAGUAGCAGGACUAAAAAUUCAGCAAUGUGGCAUUCAGUGACAUAGCACAAGCGCUGCAGUACCUGUCUGUUCUAUGUGAAUGGAGUCUACAUUAAUUGUAAUAUCAUUUAUAUAUUGCAUAUAGCACCACCUGUUUUUUUUUUUUUUUUUUAUUUGUUUAAGGGAAUUUCUUUGUUUCUCUUAACAGCAACUUCAAAUCCAAAUGUAUUCACACUGAUACCUGGGUAAAUCAGGAAAUAAACAUCUCAACAAUAUGAAU